AUGGCUUCCGCCGGUGGCGCUUCUUCGAUUACCGUGACCGUCCGAGUGCGUCCAUUUACGAUCAGAGAAGCGGCACAGAUCACACGGACUGAUGAUGGCCCGCUUUUCCUCGGAGAUGGAUCGCUGGCCGGUGUACCUGCACCGAAGCUCAACCAGAAGGGAAUCAGAUCGAUUGUCAAAGUGAUAGACGACCGAUGCCUAGUGUUCGACCCUCCAGAAGACAAUCCCGUCCAGAAGUUCUCCAGGAGCGUCGUGCCCAACGGCAAGCGCGUCAAGGACCAGACCUUUGCCUUCGACCGCAUCUUCGACCAGAAUGCCUCCCAGGGCGAGGUGUAUGAAUCAACAACACGCAGUCUGCUCGACAGUGUCCUCGAUGGCUAUAACGCGACGGUCUUCGCCUAUGGAGCAACGGGAUGCGGAAAGACUCACACCAUCACGGGGACAGCACAGCAGCCGGGGAUCAUUUUCUUGACUAUGCAGGAACUGUUCGAGCGGAUUGAGGAACGAAAGGAUGAGAAGACCACCGAGAUCUCGCUCUCAUACCUGGAGAUCUACAACGAGACCAUUCGCGACUUGCUCGUUCCCGGAGGGUCCAAGGGGGGUUUGAUGCUGCGUGAGGACACCAACCAGUCGGUUUCAGUUUCUGGUCUGUCAAGCCAUCAUCCUCAGAAUGUCGAGCAGGUCAUGGACAUGAUCAUGCGAGGCAACGAGUGUCGAACCAUGUCUCCCACCGAAGCGAAUGCCACCUCUUCUCGGUCACACGCCGUACUUCAGAUUAAUAUCGCCCAGAAGGACCGCAAUGCAGACGUCAGUGAGCCACACACGAUGGCUACCUUCAGUAUCAUCGAUCUUGCGGGCAGUGAACGCGCAAGCGCGACGAAGAACCGAGGCGAACGGCUGAUGGAAGGUGCCAAUAUCAACAAAUCUCUUCUGGCUUUGGGCAGUUGCAUCAAUGCGCUCUGCGACCCGCGGAAACGCAACCACAUUCCUUACCGCAACUCCAAACUUACCCGACUGCUCAAGUUUGCGCUGGGCGGGAACUGCAAGACGGUCAUGAUUGUCUGCGUCAGUCCCUCUAGUCAGCACUUUGACGAGACCCAGAACACUCUACGAUACGCCAACCGAGCCAAGAACAUCCAGACCAAGGUCACCAGAAACGUGUUUAACGUCAACCGACACGUCAAGGACUUCCUGGUCAAGAUUGACGAGCAGAUCAACCUGAUCAACGAACUCAAAGCGCAGCAGAAGGAUCAUGAGAAUAUCGCGUUUGCCAAGUUCCGCAAACAAACAGAGAAGAAGGACGCUGUUGUCCGCGAAGGUGUCGCACGCAUCAGGAAUGCCUACGAACACACCUUGCCCGAAAGACAGGAGAAGACGAAUAAUAUGCUCAAGCUGAGACAGAUCAGCCGCCGGAUCGGCAUUCUGUCUGCAUGGAUUGCUGCGUUUGAUAAUAUCUGUGCUUCCCGCGAGACUGAGGGCGGCUUGGAUAAUCUCUGGGCAAUUCGAAAAACUGCCCAGGGGAUCCUGCUGGAGCUGGAAGGGAGCAGGCAUCAUUACAACCGGCGCCUAGCGCAGAGCACCUGGGACAGACCAAUCAUCUCCGCAGUCGAAAAUGCCGUCAAGCAGCUCGAGGAAUUUGAUAUCCGCGACAACAGCGACUACGAUAACCUGAACCGGGAGGCGGAGCUACUCCGGUCCGUUGCAGAGCGUGAGGCACUGUCCGCCGUGGUGGAACAGGACAAAGCCGGGGAAUCUGCUGCGGUGCAGGUUCUGCUGCAAGCACAGUUCGAGGUGAUGGCCUCAAUUGAGGACAUCAUGCAACUGAAUGCUUCCGAGGCCAUUCGAAAGGGACGGGUGAUUCUGGGGAAGAUGCUGGAUGCUUGCACGACCUCGGCCUCCAACCUCGUCAAGCCGGAUGGCAACAUGCCUACUGCUCCACAGAUGAGCGCUCCCAAAUCAGCGAGUCCUCCUAAACCAAAGAAGAGGUUCAGCUUGGUCAACCUGCCUUCUGAAACCGUCGCUCCUCCCGUGGCUCUCAUGCCAACUAUCACCGCCUCGCCGAUCAAGGGCUCGCCUCGACGCCGCAAGACCACCACUGGCCGGAAGAGCGUCAGCUUCACCCCGAAAAAGGUCCAGGUGAAGGCCAAUAAACGAUCUGUCCGGUGGAAGGACGACGAACAAGACGGGUCUCUAGCUGAAUGGCAAAAGAGCCCACAGAAAUCCGCAGAGUCUGCGGAUGAAGCCAGCUCAGAGGCGGAGCCUUCGCUGCCUCGUGGUGCAUCCCCGAUCCCGCGAAACAUUCCCGUCCGUGCAGGCAGUCCUGCCGCCAGUGCCUCCCCCGCGCCUGCGGGCGCCGAGCAGACAUUGAGCAUCCCCAAGAACGGCAGCCGCUUCAAGGCCGGGUUCCUAUCUAAGAAGACCAGCAGUUCACCUCUGGUGCCACCUCCUUCAACCACUCUUCCCAUGUCCGACAGCGAGAACUCUCCAUUACGUGAGAUCGAAGGCAGCAGCUUCUUGAACCGCCCGUCGCGAAUCGCCGUCCGCACCCCGAGCGGGAACAACUACUCCAGCAGCCCCGUGUCAGACAGCAAGGAGCAAUGGAAGACUGACAAGGAGGAAGCAAUCAAGAUCAACUCAGCCAUGCGGCGCAUCUCCAGCGGGCAACAUCCCUCUUCUUCAGCCAACAACAACUCCCUACGAGUCCACCGCCGUCGCAGCCCCAGCUCCAACAGUACUACUCCUUCCGGCAGCUCACCGAGCGAGAACACUAUGUUCACAGCAUCCCAGGCCCGUCGCAUGGUCAAGAGCGAGAAGGAGUUCGAGGCCAAGCCCCGCGUUCUCAGUCCGCGCACUCUCCCCGUUAUGAAGAACACCGGUGGUGGUCAGCGGCGCACUACGCUAGGCGGCGAGAUCCGCUCGCGCGAUGUGAGUCUGACGAGUCGCGAUGCUAUCCGGCUAAGUGUGAUCCCGUCGGAAGUAGGUGGUGGUGGGUUGCGCUGA